CUUUUGAAUACUAUCCUUUUGAAUAAAAUCAAUAUAUGAACUUAAAAAAGUGACGCCCGCUGUCCUCUAAAAAAAGAAUGCAACUCAAUUUUUUUUUUUUUCGUCUUCUUCUUUUCUCUAUCACGUUUUUAUUCUUUUAGUAUAGGACCAAUGGCUCAUGACCCGAAACAACAACAAAUAGCUUCACUUUUUGCUCAUAAUGGAGCAGUUAUAGUUAUCAUUGAAGGACAACAAUACGAAAUAUCUUGUUCUAGGAAUGAAAAUAUUCAAUUACUUGUCAAUUUACCUUAUACUUUUCCAGACGAAGCUCCCGUCAUUACUGUAUCUCCUGCUGGUAUGACUCACCCAUGGAUAGAGUCUGAUGUUAUUGUUAAUGAUGCCUUGACUUGUUGGUCAUAUCAAAGUAACCUCGGUAUGCUUGUACAUGAUAUUUGUGAAGAAUUCCAACAACGUCCUCCAAGCAAGAGAAUUAAUGGUACUGAAGAAAGUUAUGGUCAUCGUCCUCCUCCACCUAUUCCCACAUCAACUGCUACUACUACAACAGCAACUAGUACUACUACUAUUGCUACUCCUCCUCCUCUACCCACUUCAAAUAUUCCCCAUGCAACUUCUUUACCCAAUUCACAGACACUCAACUCUGAAUAUACGGCUAUCAUGAACAAAAGUCCCGAGGAAAUAGAAGAAUUAUUAUCAAAUGAAACAGCAUUUGAUUUAUUUUUUAAUCAUUUGGAUAGAGUCAAGAAUUUGAAAACGGUACAAGAGGAACUUCGGAAUGGAAAUGAAAAUCUGGCACACAAGAAUCUUAGUCAAGAAGAUGCUUUAAUAAAACUUCGAUCUGAAGUACAAGACCUGAAUAAUGAAUAUACUUCACUCAAAUCCAUGUUUACAGAAAAAGAAAAACAACAACAAGAAGCAUUCAAUAGAUUCUCAUCAUCAACAGUACUUACUCGAUUGAAAGCAGGUGUUUAUGAAUCAGAUGAUUUAUCAGAGUCUGUAGCACAAAGUUUUUUGGAAGGAAGUUUGGAUCAUGAUAGUUUUGUCAAACAAUUUAGAGAACUUCGAAAAGUAUAUCAUUUACGUGCUAGCAAAUUAGAAAAGAUUCAAAAAGACAGUUUAUUAUUUCCUAGUUAGAGAUGAUUUUCUUAUAAUAAAAGUAUCUUUUUUUUUUCUGUA